AUUAUAUACUCAACUCUCUCUCCUCUCUCUCUCUCUAACUCAACAAAGAUCCAAAAAGAAAACACCAUGGCAGAUAAAAUAGUGAAGGAAGAAAAUCAACUUGUUCAAUUCAAAGAAGCCAUCAAUUUAUUUGACAAAGAUGUACACGGCUGCAUUACAAUUGAAGAAUUGGCAAUAGUUAUAAGGUCAUUGGAUGAAAAUCCAACAGAAGAAGAACUAUGUCAUAUGAUUAGUGAAGUUGAUGCUGAUCAUCAUGAUAAUGGAACCAUGGAAUUUAAUGAAUUCUUGAAUCUCAUCACCAAGAAAAUGAAGGAGACGAAUUUAGAGGAAGAACUUAAAGAAGUUUUUAAGGUGUUUGAUAAAGACCAAAAUGGAUUUAUUUCGGCUACCGAUCUGAGGCACGUGAUGAUUAACUUAGGGGAGAAAUUAACAGAAGAAGAAGCUGAACAGAUGAUUAGAGAGGCAGAUUUGGAUGGAGAUGGUCAAGUCAACUUUGAUGAAUUUGUUAAAAUGAUGAUCAAACUUUAAUAGAUAAUUAAAAAUAUUUAUUUAUAUUU